CGCCCGGCCGGCCGGGCUCAGCGCCCCCUCCAGGGGGGUGGGCUCCCCCAGCUGCCACCCCGGGCUGCCCUUCGCCCCUUCGUCCCAGCCCGCCGCCGCCGGCCCCUUCUCAGCCUCCUCCCGCUUCAUGCCCGGCACCAUCUGGUCCUUCUCGCAAGCCCGGCGGCUGGGCCCGGGGCCCGAGACCACCCUGGUGCAGGGGCCCGGCCUCUCGUGGGUUCACCCCGACGGGGUAGGCGUCCAGAUCGACACCAUCACCCCGGAGAUCCGGGCCCUCUACAAUGUGCUGGCCAAGGUGAAGCGGGAGCGCGACGAGUACAAACGCAGGUGGGAAGAGGAGUACACUGUGCGUGUCCAGCUGCAGGACCAAGUGGCCGAGCUGCAUGAGGAGGCCCAGGAAGCUGAAGCAUGCCAGGAGGAGCUGGCCAUGAAGGUGAAGCAGCUGAAGGCAGAGUUGGUCGUCUUCAAGGGAUUGAUGAGCAAUAACCUCACGGAGCUGGAUACCAAGAUCCAAGAGAAGGCCAUGAAAGUGGAUAUGGAUAUCUGCCGGCGCAUCGACAUCACAGCCAAACUGUGUGACGUGGCGCAGCAGCGCAACUGCGAGGACAUGAUCAAAAUGUUUCAGAAGCAGCUGUCUCUGCACUUGUCUCCCAUUAAGGUCCCAGCCACAGCGGGGCGGAAGCGGGAGCGGAAGCUCAUCAGUGACGAGGACACUUCACUGUCUGAGAGCGAUGCCUCCAAAAAGCCUGUGGAGGAGGAAGAUGAAGAGACCACAGCCAUGAGCAUCAAUGAGGAGAUGCAGAGGAUGCUGAACCAGCUGAGGGAGUAUGAUUUUGAGGAUGACACUGACAGCCUUACGUGGGAGGAGACGGAGGAAACGUUGUUGCUCUGGGAGGAUUUCUCUGGAUAUGCCAUUGCUGCUGCAGAGGUGCAGGGGGAGCAGCAGGAUGACUGUCUGGAGAAAGUGAUUAAGGACACGGAGUCCCUCUUCAAGAGCCGCGAGAAGGAAUAUCAGGAAACCAUCGACCAGAUAGAGCUGGAACUUGCAACAGCAAAGAAUGACAUGAACCGGCACCUGCACGAAUACAUGGAAAUGUGCAGCAUGAAGCGUGGGCUGGAUGUGCAGAUGGAGACCUGCCGCCGGCUCAUCACCCAAUCUGGAGACCGACUCCUGGCAGGAGUUGAAUUUGGUGCCAUGUGCCUAUGGAAGAUGAAUCGUGCUCAGGUGUCAGCUUUGACAGAAAGUCUCCUGCUUUCACACCUCCCUCAAACAGUGAGCCGGCCCUGAAUGAGGAAGCGGAGGAGUCCAGUCCUGACCUCCCAACUGAUGCCUCUAUCAGAUAAUUCGAGAGGCCCUGCCCCCUCCUGGCAAGGCAGAGAGCAGGGGUGUCUGAACUGUGGCUGGGAGAGACGACAGGGAGCCACCAUCAAAACUCUGUCAUCUAAUCCCUCCUCAUGUGGGUGGAGGUGGGGAACUUACCCAAAAAGGACAUGCUGAAAAUGAGAACAGUUAGCUAGAGCUGAGAGCCCUCACAUAGGGUCCCUUCCCUCUCCCCACCUCUGUGUUCCCUCCCUCCACUUGGCUCUAACUGGGGUCAGAUAGGAAGGAGCCAACCUUAUUAUAGCAUUGCCUGGGACCUAUCUCCUGGGGACCUCCCAGGUCCACUGCCUCCGUCCCAUCCUGGUAUACUUGACCUGUCUCCCCCUGUACCCCUUGUGCUGCUCAGAGGUAGAGUGGGAGCUGUGCCUCUCUCAAACAUUGGUGCCAACUGGACUGAAUGCUGGACUCUCUCUGCCCUCUGUGCUCACUGAACACUCACGUGGUUCCUGCGCAAGGUACUGAGAGCUUCUUCUCUCCUUGGGGGCAGGGAAAGGGCCACUGGCUCCCGCCCCCCCGCCCCCUCCAUGCACUUUGCUUUGCUGCGCAUCUGUGGUGUGAUGACGUGUGUGUCUGUGUUUGUGUUGGAAACAAGGACUCAUUAAAUGGGACAGUCGUGCCCUUUUCUACA